AUGUUCUCGAUGCUAACAGAGAAAUGGUUCACAAAAGGACGAGUCAACCAAGGCGGCAAACUGCGCUGUUGUCUUAUUUUAAAGAAAUUGCCCCGUCACUCCGGUCUUCACCCCAACCUGUGCUGCCUGAUCCGUCAGCUGCCGUCAGCAUCAAGGCCAAAGCCUCCAGCAGCAAAAAGAUUCUGCCUCACUAAAAGCUCAAAUGGUGGCCCUGGGAAACCGAAGCAUUCAUUGGACUCGCUUUUUUGUGAUAGUCGAGCUGCGGUGGUGUUCUGGAACCGAACCUGUGGCACCUCCAGGUGUCCUCCGAGUCACCUGGACUGCUUACUGAGACACAAAGUGCUGAGCCCCAAGCCCAGAGGUUCUGAUUUGGCAGGUCUGAGGCGAUGCCCAAGAUUACAAAUUCCUGGGCCAGGCGGGUCUGUCGUUAGCAACAGCCCCGAAUGCCCUGAGAGGCCAACCUUCCCCCUUCUCCGCUUCAUCUCCAGCCUCCUCCUGCACAGUCUGGGCUGACUUCCCUUCCUAAAGGACACGUGGCUGGGAGGUUUUGCCCGUUCCUUCAUGUCAGCACCCUCCCCGGACAGAUGAGCUCUUUGGAAACGGGAAAGAUUCUCCCGAAAUAGAGGGGUUUGCAGGAAGUCUGUCCCGCAGAGCAGACCAGAUCCCAUGAGCACCCCGGUCCGAGACUCACACGUAGCUUCCCGACAGUAACUAGGGAUGCCUUUGAUUAAAAAACCAAACCAAACCAAAGCCCCACAGAUGGUUCAAGCCGGUUCCCAGAAACUGACUCCUCCGACCGGGGAUGGGGCUGUGGAAGUUUUCACGAGUGUCCGACAAGCCCCGAAGCAACUGGGCUGUGGCCACCUUUGCCUAGGAAGGCUCUUCCUGCCUGUUCGGGGGCCUACCGGGGCUGUUGGUAAGUGGGGAGGUUCCUCCUGAAACAGUGCUUUGGGGGCUCGGAAGAUCCAACCACAGGUCUGGGUUAGGAAGGAGCCCCCAGAUGACCAACCGAAGCAUUGUCCGGGGCUGGGGAGAGGGCUCGGUGUGGCCCCCCUGCGGAAGGCUCCAUGGGCAACAUCGCCAACCCGUUGGCCAGCAGUGCUGGCCAGGCUCCCCACUAAACAGUUAGGGUCCUACUUUCGGAGGGGAUAAUAACAAGCCCCAUCUGUUGAGAACAGUCCCGAAGGCGUUCAUGCACAUGAUCUCAUCUGCCCCCGUGACGGAGGCCGCUGUGGUUCCCACAACCACAGCAGCACUGAAAGAAGGCUGGGCUUCAGCCGAGACCUGCCUCGAGUUCCCCCAUUCACCCCCACCCCACAGGCCUGUAAUCUAAGUAAAAUGGUGUAUAUGUGCUUGCAGACAAUUUCCCAGCACCCCCACCUCCUUCCUGAGGGCCCCCUAAGUGCUUCCUAUGGAAAAUUCUGGAGCCUCACUAAUUACAACCAUUUUGCAGAAGAGUAAACUCAGACUCAGCCUUGCCAAGAGUUGCACAGCUAGGAAAGAAUGGAGUCAGGGCCCCGCUCCUCCCUCCUUCGGGGUGAUUGCCCUGGGAAGGCCUCUCUCCUAGCCUCUGCUGCCUCCUCUGGGAAAGGGAGGUCAGAACCCCCAGGUCAGGAGUGGCUGGCAGAGCUUCAGCCCCAGGCAAGGAAUUUCUGCCGCCUGCAUCCAUAAGACAGUUACCUGGAUGGGUCCACAGAGACCCUCAAGAAAGAAGGCCUCCCAUACCCAACCUGUCUGGGGGAAGCCGUCCCUGGUUCCCCAAUGGAAGCCCCCUUCCUAAGUCCACUCCAUGCCCUGGGCCUCCCCGUGAGGAUGUGGGUCAGGGACAGAGGCUGGGGAAAGACAUUCCCGGCAUACAGAGGUAGAAACUCUAGGCUCCAAAUAAUAAUGAUAAGGAUGAGCUAUACUGGUGACCUGGAAUAGGUUUGGGGGUAUCUGGAAUCUUUUGGCAAAACAAGAAGUCCCACGAACCACCCUCAGAUACUCCUGAGCCAGACAACCAGAGAAAGAGUGAGUUCAUCUGUGGGAGGCUCUUUGAUAACAAUUGUAUAUUGAAUAAAGUUUAAAGUAGAAAUCC